AUGCAACACAACAUUGAAGUGCAGGAGGAUUCAGUGCAAAAUAAGAAUCCUUGUGAGCAAUUUGAAGCAAUGAAGCUUGAUCAACCUCUUUCAUGUGACCUUUACCACAACACCCUGGUUCUCGUUCCUUCUCUCAAAGAUCACCACUUGCAUUGCAUUUUGCUUCACCUUGACCCCAUUACAGCAAUGAGCGUUUCUCCUCGCGUUGCAACGUUUCUCUUUGCCUGCAUCUUCGCUGCACAAAUCGCAAUUGGCAUAGCCAAUGAUGAUGACCAUGAUAAUGAUGUUGAUCUCAAACAUUCAAGCAAAAUUGGUGAUGCAGGAAGAAAAAGGGGAAGAACAGUUGAAAUUGCAGGUUCAAGAUUCCCAGAUUGCAUGCAUGCUUGUGGCUCAUGCUCCCCUUGCAGAUUAGUAACUGUUAGCUUUGCUUGUGCCUCACUCACCGACCAAUGUGAAUCAUGUCCUAUUUCUUAUCGAUGCAUGUGUAAUACUAAAUCUUACCCAAUUCCAUGA